AUGCUAUCCCACUCCCCUACAAGAGGUCUCUGGAAGACCAUUCUGCAAAAACCACAUAGCUGUGCUUUCUCCACAACAUCUCCCAUACAUAACACCGCCGCUGCUGCUUCUGCUGCGUCGAUUGCUUCAGCAUUCCUUUCUCGCUUCCAGUCGCAAGGGCCCCAGAUCAGAAAACAGGUCCUAGAUGCCAACCAACUCCAGCUCCUCUCCCUCACCCUAAACCGACCAACCCUGCACUCCUAUCCCCCAGCUUAUCACCUGGUAUACUUCACGCCCGCAUUCCUCGAAACCGAGCUGGGCGCUGAUGGCACGGAUAUGUCGUAUAACCCCGAAUCACCGUUCACUAGACGCAUGUGGGCUGGUGGAGAAGUCAGUUGGCCGCGCGAUGCGCGGGGGGAAUUGAAUCUGCUGCGCGUGGGCCAGGAGGUAAAGGAGACCACGACGGUGCUCAGUUCAGAACCGAAGGUGGUGCGCAAGACAGGCGAGGCGAUGAUUGUAGUAGGUGUUGAGAAGACAUUCUCGAACGAGGAUGGUGUUGCAGUUGUUGAUCGACGGAACUGGGUCUUCCGUGAAGCCCUACCAACAAACCCCCCACAGCCCAAAAGGGAGUCGAACAACCUAGCAUCGCUAUCGCAGAGUAGUAAUGGCCGCACCAAACCGUCAGAGCUGGUGUCAUCUACUCCUAUGGAAGGCGUCUACAAACGCCCUUACAACAGGAGCGCAGUCACGCUCUUCCGGUUCUCAGCACUAACAUUUAAUCCCCACAAAAUCCACUACUCUGUGCCAUGGUCUCAAGAUGUAGAAGGGCAUAAGAAUAUUGUUGUGCAUGGGCCAUUGAAUCUUAUUUCUAUGCUUGACUUUUGGCGGGAUCUUCGGUAUGAACAAGGCGGUAAGGGGUAUGCUGAUGCCUCAUUGAUCGUGCCUCAAAGCAUUACUUACAGGGCGACAAGUCCGUUGUAUGCUGAUGAAGACUAUGAGAUUGUCUUGGAGAAGGGGGCUGAAGCGAGCACAGUCAAUAUCUACAAUCACAGUGGUGUGGUUUCGAUGAAGGCUGAAAUAAGAGGAUAG